UCUUUCCAAUUCAGUUUUCUCAGACACAACAGAAAACAAAAACAAAUCAUCUUCAGGUGCUUCAACACUUACACACAGUUGACGAAACUCCAAGAUCAAAAUCACUCGACAAUGCAUUAUCCUAACAACAGACCCGAAUUCGUCGGAGCUCCAGCUUCAGACUCGACCCGGAACAGGUAUCAACAGAAGGAGCAGUUGUCACCAGAGCAAGAGCUCUCGGUUAUAGUCUCCGCCUUGCAACACGUCAUCUCAGGUGGAAACGAUACGACGCCGUAUCAGGGUUUCUCAAGCAAUAGCACAGUGAUUAGCGCGGGAGUGCAUUCCGACACGUGCCAAGUGUGCAGGAUCGAUGGUUGUUUAGGCUGUAACUACUUUUCCGCGCCAAAUCAGAGAAUCGAAAAUAAACAACAAGUAGAGGUAGAAGAAGGGGUUACUAGUAAGAGUAGUGGAAGAGAGAGCACGGUGGCGGUGACGACGGCGGCGGCGACGGGGAAGAUAAGGAAGAGGAAGAACAAGAAGAAUGGGUACAGAGGAGUGAGGCAGAGGCCUUGGGGGAAAUUCGCAGCUGAGAUCAGAGAUCCCAAGAGAGCGACACGUGUUUGGCUAGGCACUUUCGAAACAGCUGAGGACGCGGCUAGGGCCUAUGAUCGAGCAGCUAUUGGGUUCCGUGGGCCGCGGGCUAAGCUCAACUUUCCCUUUGCGGAUUACACUUCGACUACUACUACUUCCACUGUUCCAGCUGAGGAUACAAGAACGAAUGCAAGUGCGAGCGCAAGUGUAAGUGCAGCGAAUUCUGCUGAGGCAGAGCAAUGGCGUGGAGGAGAAGGAGGAGAUUGUGAUAUGGAGGAGUAUUUGAAGAUGGUGAUGGAUUUUGGGAAUGGUGAUUCUUCUGAUUCAGGGAACACUAUUGCUGAUAUGUUCCAGUGAUGAAUAAAUAAAAGAUUAAAUUGUAGUUACAAAGGUGUAGUUACUCGUUCAUUAAAACAAAAAGAAUUGAUUCUUUUCAGAUUAAA